AUGCCUGACUACUCUCUCCUCGCCAUUCCAGCCUACACCAUUCUGUCUGUAGCCCCUCACGCCUAUGCACUUUCGACUGUCAAGAAGCACACCCAAUGGUCCAACGCAAACAGCAGAGGUGAGGGCAACAUCUCACACCUGAAGAAGACCCUCCCUCCUGCCGUCUUCGCCCUCUAUGAACGUGCCGAGGCUGCACACAAGAACAGCAUGGAGAACUUGCCUCUGUUCAUCGCUGCAACACUCUCGGGAGUGUUCGCCGAGAAACUCACAAGAACCGACAUUGGCAACGCUCAGUUCUCCGCUGUCUUCCUCGGUAUCAGAGUGCUUUACACUCUUCUCUACAUCAACACGACCACUGAAUCAGCUAGUCACGCUCGUUCCUUGACAUGGACGGCAGGUUUGGCUACUUGUUUCUACCAGAUCUACAAGGCAGCCGUCGCUCUUGCCUAG